AUGAGUGCAUCAGAAUCUAGUACUUUACAUGCGAAUACUCCCGUACCCACAGGCCAGCAAUCCAUAACCACGUCAAAGGCCCCUCUCUUGGGCGAAGGAUUCGAAAUACCAAUGAACCCAACGUCAUCGAAAUUUGGCGAAAGCAGUGAUGCCGAUGCCGACGCGGAUGUUGGUGAUUUUGUGGGCGGAACCGCAAAGUCGGGGAAGAGAAGACUAUUCGGAUUUGGAAGAAAGAAGAACGAUGAAAAAACAAAGGGCAAAAAGAAGGAUGAUGGAACAUUUGUUGGUAAUGCACCAUUGAUUCUACCUCUCCAAAAGACUCCGACAUCAAACUCUCCUCCUCGAUCAAGCUACCCAUAUCAAGAUCCUUCAUCACCGCCAAGUCGAAAAUUGUUCUCAUCUUCGCCGCGUGUAGUGUCGCCUGCAGGGUCACAAAUAUUCGAGCGCGACGUGCAAGAAAGUGCUAUUCAGCCAAAUUCGCCCGCAAUUCCGUCGCAUAUACAAACAGAGGAUCAUAUUCCCCCAGUCCUAGAUGCUUCGUCGCAAGCCAUUACCAACAAUGACAUUGAUCCGGAUACAGUGGAGAUUGUCAUGCACUCUUCUCAUCAGCCGGCAGCGAUGUCAAUGAGUGGUAUUGGCAGUAGUGAACCUGGUGCAGGAAUGUGGUCAGAUGAGUUGGUCGCUCAUCCUGACAAAGACGAUGCGGCAUCCAAUUAUGGUGCUCUCGACAGUACAGAUAUCCGAAGACUGAGCUUCAUCUCAUUUGCCGAUGUAGUGCAAUCAGAACAUGCAGAACAUGCUGGCAAUAGAGACUCAAUCUACAUUGCGGGACUUAGUGCGUUGUCAUCACCAGGCAUAUCACCCAGUGUGAACCGUUCACCUUCGCCCGUGCGUUCGCCAGUCUCAUCAUUUGGAUUCGGAACAUCACCUCCGACGAGUAAAUCUGCUUCGAUGAAAGGUGUUGAACUUUCACCGGUUCGAAAACCAACUGGUCUGGCCAGUCCAACAUCACUCAAUUCGCCUACCAAUGGCGGAGAAUUAACCAUAGAGACAAUGACACAGGCCGUGAGGAAGACCGGGAGCGGUGAUCUUGGCGGCGGCGUUCGCAGUUUACCAUUAAGCCCAGUGAGCUCUGAUGGCCCAGAAACGCCAUUCAAAUAA